UUUAAAGAUUGUGUUUACUAUUUAGGAGAUUUUGUGUAUAUUGAACCAAGAGAACAUGGUUUAGAACCUCAUAUUAUGUGUAUAGAGAAAUUUGUUAAAGAUAGUGAUAAUAUUCAGAUGAUACAAGGUAAUUGGUUCUAUAGACCUGGUGAAACUUAUCAUCUACAGACAAGAAAAUUCCUUGAGAAGGAAGUAUUCAAGAGUGAUAGUAUUACUACUAUUGCUAUGAGUCAAAUUUGGGGAAAAUGUUAUGUCAUGUUUGUAAAAGAUUAUUUUAAAAUGAAGCCUAUGGACAUGGCAGAUAAAGAUGUUUAUGUUUGUGAAUCAAGAUAUAGUAAUAAACACAGAGCUUUUAAAAAAAUAAAGUUAUGGAGUGUACCUAAAACAGAUCAUAUUAAAAUUGUUGCUAGAGAUGAACCAUUAACACCAGUUCGUGUAGAAUCUGUAUUUGCUGAUAAAACAAACAGUGAUAUUGAAAAACCAGAUUUUGAUGAUGGUGAAACUAGCAUCUUGGAUAAAACUAGAGAGGUAGUUAAAUAUUUAAACUAA